CCUAGCCAGCCUAGCCAGCCUUGUGUGUAUUCAUUCCAUUUCAUUCAUGGCUGGAGGUGCAGUAUAGACGUGGUCUGGUAGAACUCUUUUCAUCUUCCUCUUCUAGGCUUUCUCUUCUGGGUUGUUUUGUUAUCUCUCUUUGGUCGCAACGGCUUCGCAGACAAGAACUACCGGUACUACUGUAUAUUCAGCAGUUGCAUGUAAAGUCGCAUGCACGCUCAUUCACAACCAAUUUGUUAGUGUGUGCAUACAUGCGUCGUGAGCUGUGACACAGCGAGUUCGGGAUUCCCAACUCUCCCCUGGAUUUUUUUGGUUCGUGUGCGUGCCAAGCGACCGAGAGACAAUCCCCAUCUUGGCAUCGAGUGAUCGUAGUAGCACACCCUCAUCGCUGAACCCACCUGUCGUAUUAUUAAGUCUCUGCAACUGGGGGUGACUCCACGAAAAACGCUGCACCUAUGUACUUCGUCGAUCCGUACGCGGGUGGCGAGAUGAUUCUAGCACCCAGUGGGGCUCCAUAUGGGACUGUGCCAGUGAUGGCGGUACCCCAGAGCCACCCCACGGCUAGUUAUGUCUACAGCUCAUCCACUAGGAAACGAGGCUUGCGGGGCUCUGACGAGUUGUUCACAGCCAACGGCACAGCCACUAAUCCCCUUGUCGCCUCCAACUUCGGCGGAGGCGAUUCACCUAUUAACGAUGCCAAAAAGGUGAAGAGGGAGGCGGCGCCCCCAUCUCGCGUGGUCCACAUCCGCAACCUAGCUCCCGACGUGAACGAGGCCGAGGUGGUCAGCUUAGGCGCGCCGUUUGGCAACAUCAGCAAAGUCCUGUGCAUCAGAAACAAAGGCCAGGCCUUCAUAGAGCUAGCGGACGUCAGCCAAUCAACCAAGAUGAUUGCCUACUACAACCAGGUCCAGACAAACCUUCACGGCAAGCCGGUCUUUGUCCAGUUCUCUGACCACCAGGAACUGAAGACAGAUAACUCCCCAGCACAUCAGGAUACCGGUGUGGGAAGUUAUAAGUCGCAAUAUCACGCCACGACGGUGGCGGUACAGGCUGCCCUGGCUGCUGUCAACGCUGUGCUAAACAGCCCCUCCUCUGCCGGGGGUCUUCUUUCUGAUAGCGACUCCUCUCCUGGCUCUCUGGACAAGAACACUGUCUCUUGCGUAGCGGCCCAGGCGGCGUUGCAGGCCACCCAUGCCCUCCUGCCCCAACACCAGCUCUCAAGCAGCCACCUGCAUAAGGUAGCCGACAGCCCCGGUGGACCCCAGCACGUCCUGCGGGCCGUCAUCGAGCACAUGAUCUACCCGGUCAACGUGGACACAUUACACCAAAUCUUCUCCAAGUACGGCACGGUGCUCAAGAUCGUCACCUUCACCAAAAACAAUGUUUUCCAGGCCCUUAUUCAGUUCAGCAACAGCAGUGAAGCAACACAGGCCAAAAGUGCCUUAGAUGGACAGAAUAUCUACAAUGCCUGUUGUACCCUGCACAUUGAGUUCUCCAAGCUGCCUGCCUUGGUGGUCAAGUACAAUAACGAAAAGAGCCGGGACUACACCCGAGAUCUGCCAACAGGGGACAGUAUCGGUGCCCAGGAUGGGUUGGCAGGAUUAGGGGGACAUGGGAUGAUGCCUAAUGCAUUGACACAGAUGGCCACGCUGGGCACGUCGCCGUUUAGUCCGACAGCGGCCACGCUAGCGGGCUUUCCAACGGCAGCAGUCCCAGGUCUUGGCAGUGCCUUCAUCGGCGGCAACUUGCAGCACAACGCUGCGGCUGCGGCCUUCCGUUUCCAGAACACCCUCGCAAUGCAAGGCUUACACGGCAUGCACGGCAUGCAGGGCAUGCAAGGCAUGCAGGGCAUGCAGGGAAUGCAGGGAAUGCAGAACAUGCAAGGAACGCCAGUACUCUUGGUCAGCAACCUCAACACGGAACUGGUCACACCUCAGGCUCUCUUUACCCUCUUUGGGGUUUACGGUGAUGUGAGGCGAGUCAAGAUCCUCUAUGAGAAGAGAGACAAUGCUCUCAUUCAAAUGGCUGAUCCCCAUCAGUCCCAGACAGCCUUGGCCAAUCUGAACGGUAUCAAGUUGUACACCAAACAGUUGAGAGUGGCGCCCUCCAAGUACCGCGAGGUGGCCAUGCCGAGAGAAGGCCAACCGGAUGCGGGCCUGACAAAAGACUACGGCAACUCACCACUGCACCGGUUCAAGAAGCCAGGCUCCAAGAAUUUCCAGAACAUAUUCCCACCCUCAGCUACCCUUCAUCUUUCCAACAUUCCAGCCAGCGUAACAGAGGAGGAACUUAAAAGUGCCUUUAGUAAUCACGGAACAGUUGUGUCUUUCAAGUUUUUCCCGAAGGAUCGGCGUAUGGCUUUGAUCCAAAUGGGUUCGGUGGAAGAGGCUACACACGCGCUCAUUGCGCAGCACAAUCACCAGCUGAGCGAGUCCAAUCACCUGAGGGUGUCUUUCUCCAAAACACAGAUGUCAUAGAAAAACACCCCUUUUUACUGAAUGGAAUAUACUCCAAGUCAAUGGUGCAAGUUUGGGAUUGUUUCAUUUUACUGCCUGGAAUGGGGGAUGAUUCAAGACGAUCUUUGAAAGUCAAGCGUUGCCACGUGAUUCUCCCACCCCUGUCAAAAGAGUGAAGCAUGCCCUAAACUGCAUAAUAGAUAUGUAUGAUAGUAUUCAUUUGGAGUAUACCAUGAUCACGGUAUAGGGGUUUUCUGUUGUCGAGGGACGGUAACAAUUUCAUCUUUCAUCUUCUGGACUCUCUGCUGAAGGAUCUUAAUGUUGUAACCAUGGAUACACAGAUUUUGUUUUUGUUUUGUAUUUUGUGUUCCUUUACGGUCCAAGGACCAAAAAACAAGAACAGUUGUUCGGGAAAAAUGUCAUAAACUGGGGGAUUUUACCUGAUGAAGAGGGCCAUUUUGUGCAUGUUUUAAUUAACUUUUAUCAUUCAUAUUGAAAAAAAAUGAAUAUAUCUGGAUUUUGUUUUUCUCUAAUUGGUAAGGGGAGAGGGUUUUGAGAAAAAAAAUACUUUCAUUUUGUGAUUUUGAUGUUAUUUACAGGAAACUUGUAAGAAGAGAUAUUUUCCAUUCGAAAAAAAAGAAAAAGAAUUCACCAAGUUUCAAUAGUGAAAAUGUACUUGGAAGGUUUUUUUUAAGAUACGGAACGAAUUCAUUCUUAUCAAGAGGGAUGUCAUUAAACAAAUCGCCACGAGGAAAAGGACCGUUUCCUGAUCACAAAAUGUCAGUAUUUUUCUAAAAUCCCCACGGCCAUGGAUGCGUUUGUGUUGAUUUUCGUUUUCCAGUGUAAAUCUUUAGAAUAGAUGCCACAGUGUUUGGAAAGUGUUCGCUACCUUUCAUUGUGUCUUUUUGAUUUUUUGAUAUUUUUUUUUGCUGUGGUGACAGGUAUUUGGUUUUCCUCUAUUUUGAUGCAUGUUUUGAUUGUACUUUAUUCCUUGAGUCGUAAAGAAUGCAGUUAUAUAAUAACUUUAUCGGAAAUCAAUAGUUUUCAUUGUCUUUUUUAAUGAGAUAACAUUGUUUUUUUUACGUCUUAACGUGAUAUCAGUGGUUCAUCAUACUUUGAUUAUGUGUUGGUCUUUUUAAAUAAAUUCGGUGGUAGUCCAGUGGAUAUGAAUUCUUUAAUUAAAAAAAAAUGACAUUUCACUGUUAUCGUUUAACAAUUUUUGGGUCCAAAAAUCCCCACAACCGAAUUUCAUAAACUGACAGAUACUGUGACUUGUAUUUUUUGGACAUUCAACUGUCUUGAUUCGCAAAGUAAACAAAAGUGGAUGUUCACUGUUAAAAGUGGACACCUUUUUUUUAUUUUAAAGAAUGUGCAUUUUUUGGCAAUAAUACGUAGAUUUGUAAUACUGAUUAAUAUAAUAUUAUUGUUACCAUUGACAGGUUAGAGGUCAUUUGUAUAUACUAACGUUGAUAGAGCAAAGAGGUUUAAUAAUAAUACAUUUUGAGAAAGGGAAGAAAAAAACUAAGACAAAAACUGUUAAAAUGAUGAAAUUUUAACCCAAAGUCCUGUUUGUAUAUCUGCACAAAGACAAUCCAUCCAUUGAUCGUGUCGUAUAUAUUCCCAAAUUAUUUAUACUUUUUAAAUUCUUAUUAAUGUCCCAAAAACAUUUUUUUCUGGGGAAAAAAAUGAACAAUUCAGUACCUUGACUUGUUACCGGGUUUGAGAGCAAAAAAAUCAAUGACAUUAUAAGUUUAUAGUUUAUGUCUUUCUUUAAAUUUGUAACUUUUUGUUGAGUAAUUUGCAUUCCUUGAUAAAUUGCAGUUUAUUUCAGUGAUUUGGUUAACAAUUAUAUCACCAUCAGAAUUUUUUUUGAGGUUUUGGAGGGGGGGGGGAUAGCUUUCUUUGAGUGCAGUUUAAUACCCUGAAUCAUUCUGUGUUAAAAACAGGGUGAAGCAUAUGAAACAAAGUGCCCCAAAAUUGGGAAGUUUUUUGUUGUUGAAUUUAAACAAAACAGCCCGAAAUUUUACAAUCUUUACCGAGACAUUUAAUUUAAGAAAAUGUAUUUUUAAAAAUCCUUCAUUGUCCGUUUAGGGGCCAUGACAGCCGCAGGGUCAUUCCAUGUCACUUUUUGUUUUCAAGGGUUUUGAGGUUUUGGUUUGUUUUGCUUUUUAACUCUUCAUCUUUCCUUUUUGUUGGAGAACAGUUUUGGGGUGUUUAUUAAGAGAAAAAAAGAAACAAGAAUUUUGGAGGCUUGAAUAUAUAUAUUUUGGUACCAGUCAAGUAAAGUUUAUUCCAUAUCUUGUAGAUUGAACGAACAAAAAAAAAGUGUAAGAUUUUUUUUUUUUUUCAAGAGUAUAUAACGCAGAUAUUGUAGAUACUGAGUCUGUUGUCUGGAGACAUAGUUGCAUGAUGUUUUUAUUAAUAUUAGUUGUAUAUUAACUGCCUGAAAUUGGAAUGGUUUUCCAUAUUAACAAAUGGAAUAAUUAUUAAAACAAACCAAGUAAUACAGCGACAUGUUUUCCAACCGCCCAACGUCACGCAAUAUUUUCAGUAUUAAUUGAAAGUUGGUCAGCAUCCUUCAACAAUUUUUUUUAUUGAUAAAUCUUGUAUAUAAAGCAAAAACAAAAUAAUUUUUAAAAAUUGUGGAAGGAGAGAGGAUCGCCUUUGCUUUCUUGUAAGGCAGGAAAAAUAUUGGACGGUUGGAAAAUAUGUUAUAUCAAGUAUUCGUAACCUGGCCAAAACAAAAGGGACGACGGGCUUUAAAGGCGAGGUGAGAGGUCGUCACCAUAGAAACCUGCAUCUGGCUCAUGUCAUCAAACCUAAGGUUGACAAUGGAUCGCCAAGCAACCUCUCGACACAGUUGAUAUUGGACUUGACUUUUAUGGAAAUCAUUCCACAAAGAAGGCUGAAAAAAAAAAAAAGAUUAAAAAAAAAACAAUAAAAAAUGUGUGCCUUAAACACUGAAUUUUUUUCUUUUUUUAAAAGAAACUUUUAUUCACUCUUACUAGCACAGCCCUUUCUUACACUGUCUUAAACAUCAACAGCCUUAUGUGUCCUUGUCAUUUGCCUCAACUUUCUAAACUGUUCUUGUCUCAAAUCUGCCCUUUUUUUCCUCUCAUUCUCAUUGUGCGGGAAUUCUGAUGCAUUUUCCCCUAGCCUCUUGUCGUACAUCUUCUGUACUCGUGUGUUUUUUCCCUCCUUACUCUUUGCUCUAUUACAAAAUUUGGUCAAGCCCAGAAGCAGACCUGAAAAGUUAUAUUUGUGCUUCGUCAGAUUUGUUCUUGGGUCUCUCACUCUACACCAGCAAAUGCGCUUUUCUUUAGUUUGGCGUCCAGGAGAAUGUAAACUCUGGUCAGUAUUCAAAGAAACCUGAUUGAUGGCCUGUCAACCAUACUAAACAGAAACCUCUUUCAUACGAUGUUCCCAUCAAAACUUAUCGUGGAGGUUCUUCUGCCAAACCAUCAGUCUGCUUCUGGGCUUACCAGGGUAUAUUCUGUGACCUUUGACCUUUCAUUUUCUAAUUCUAUGUAUAUCUCUAAAUGUUUAUCUCUAUUAUGUGUGCAUCCGUUUUAUUUCAUUGCCCUCUUUUUUCCUCUUAGUUUCUUGGCCAGAUUGGCUCCAUUAAUGCCCCUCAAGCUAAUGGCAGUUUUCAUCUUCAAACUUUUUCUCUUGCCACCUUCUAUCUUUUGCGGAAAAAACUCAGCUUCUGAAGUUUUGCUAUUUCACCAGCAAAUAACUGGCACCUGCUUUCAACGAUGGUUGUUUAAACUGAAAUAUUCAACUUUUUUUGUGAAAUAGACAAAUCAAAACUUGUUAACCCUCAAACAGGGUCACAAGUGAGGUCAUGUUUCCUUUAGCAUGACUAGGGAAAUCAUGGCUUUGACCAGUCAGGUGCCAGACUGUACAUGUUAAAGGUGCUUCAUUUUUAGCCUGGCAGACUUGUAAACAGGAUUUUAAUGGCCAAUGUAUUACAAUGCUUCAACUGGCAAUAGUUAGUUUUGUUUCUUACCUUCUGAUGGGGGGGGGGGGGCACUACAAGGUGAAAAUGGUAUAUUUUGUGGUUUGUUCUUGUAUCAUGUUUUCUUCAUUCUGAAUUUGCAAGCUUUGCAUCUAAGUUGACGUUUAAUGCCUUGUCGUUAGGUGAUUAGCAUUUACGUAUUGUACAUUUUAAUCAUACCAAAUGACUACAGAAAUUCGACAUUCCCAAAAGUUGAGCCAAGUGGUGAUUUUUGUUUAAGGGUGAAAAAGAGUAACAAGUUCUACUUUUUUGCAAGAUUUUAUUUUUCCUUUAGCAUCCCGUAUUUCUGCUUUGGUUUACUGUUCAUCUACAUAUACGCUGUAGUCCGUAUAACAAAAACAUAUGUCAUUUAUCUUUAAUAAUUAUUCAAGAAAUGUGUUGGUAUUGUCACAAGUUUUGGGUUUUAUUCGGAAUUAAAUUGCAUUGAUUCAAGUUCCCUCACCUGUCCUGUUUCAAUUAACGUUGGACAAAUGAAUGCACAAAUUAUAUUUGUUAAUUGACCAAUGUUAUUUUUUCAUCCCAAUAAACAACUGUAAAGCCUUAUAAAUGCAAUCUCAUUCCAAAUAUAGGUCAAAACUUCUGACGAGACCCACUUAUUCUUGUGCACACUCCUUUAAGGUUAUUCAUACUUGCAUGCUUUUUGUAAAAAACACCUUUGAAUCUUUCCUUAGUAAGCAAAACUUUAUACCUGGCAAUUUGUCAUAUUUCUCUGUGUUUCUACAUAUAGGCUGUUGAUUAUUACUAUAAAUGGAUAUAUUCUCUGUAUUAUAUACCAUUCUUUAUACUUUGUAGUGAUUAGCGUGUAAUAUAAACCGGGUGUAUAGCCGGAGUCUUGUUUUUCCUAUUAACUUCAAAACUGAUACGCCGGGAUUAUUUGACAUUGGUUGAGGGGCUGUCAGUUACUGUGCUGGAGAAAUUAUUUGCAGUGGAAUUUACUGUAAUCACUUUCAAAUUUUGGUGGUGAGAUUUACGCUCCAAUUUUUGGCCUUUUUGUUUUUAGACGAGGGUCAGUCUUUAUUCACUUUCAACCAAGUUGCAUUCACCAGCUUUUCAGUUCAAAACAGCGAAAGUUGGUACCAUUGAUUUCAAAGCGAAUGACUAGUACAUAAUGUUGGAAUGAUAACAGACAAUAUUUUGCUAAAAAGCAGGCACGACCUGGAUAACCGAAAGAAAAAAAAGUUAAUGCAAAUAAUUUCUCCUGCCAAUGUGUUUUUAUAGUGGACGGGACAGUUUGUUCCAGAGAUGGCCUGCCCUGUCCUCUAGCACAGUUUUUGGUUUUCAUUGAUUUCUAUCUUUAUUAUUCUUCAGUAACAAAAGACUGUAUUAUACUACAGCAUAUCUUUCAUUCCUUUUUUUAAAUACUGUUUGACAACUGCUUAUUUGUGUCUUCUAAGAUCACCCCUUCUUUCUUUGAGAGACGAGCAAUAUCUCGUUCUCUUUAACAGGUAGGGGUGAACUUUUUACGUACGUGUGUACAUUUUAGGGAAGGGCGUUUCUUCUCUCAAUAGCUCUCCUAGAAAACAACUUGAUAUUGUCAGGAACGGGAACAAAGAUGUAACUCCUGGGUUCAACCUGUGAAUAGUGACCAAUACUGCUUGUACCAAGGGUCUACAUUCAACGCAUGCGGUGUAUGCACAGUUUGAAACUUUCAAGCUGCUUAUACUGACCACUUCUUUUGUUUCUUCAUGGGAAUUCAUCAUCAUUCAUUGUUAUUUUUUUCAUGGGGCCGACAGCUUAGAAGUUGUGUGCUUGAGGGAGGAGGAGGGGGGGGGAACUGUUACAAAUAUCCAGCUUUGCCAUACAAUGGACCAGCACACAUUUUUAUUAAGGAAAAUUGAUUGUACUUGUACAAAAUUUUACAACACCAAAAUGAUUUUGUAGCUUUGUACUUGUGAAAAUUUUUCUACGGUCUGGCUUACAAAAAAAAGAAAGUAUUUACAGGUUUAAUAACAAUAUUUAUUGUCAAAUAAUAUUGUCCUACAAGCAUGCUCUUGUGGGCAAGAAAACAUGUAACGUUUUGUUGGAUUUUGUAUGAGCUUUUGACUGAAUGGGUUGACACUGUUUGGAGUGACUUGGAUUGGACAGAGUAAACAGAAAAACAAAUGUUCACAUGUAUGUAACAUAUUGAAGACAAGCAGAUAAAAGAAAAUAAAAAAAGUUUGGUUUUGUAACAAAAA